UAAAAAUAAAUCAUCAAAUACCUUCCAAUUUUAUUCUUAUAAUUAAAUUACUUUAGUCUCUCCUUUAUUUUCGUUCGUAGAUGGUGGUAUUAAUCUCUCAUCUCUGUAUACUUAACAUGAUUUUGAAGAAAAUUUAGGUACGACUUCCAAUUUACGCAUGUGUCUUUUUCUAAGUACUUUUUCCAUACUAUUUUCAUGAUAAAAUGUUUAAGACAUAAAAUUGUAUAACAAAAUGGUUAAUAAACCACACGGACAGUUAUAUUGUUGCAACAGCGCGUGCCAUUGUCAUCCGUAUUAUGAGAACAUGGUGCCUGUACACAAAAUCGUGUACGCCGUGACGAUGCUCGCCAGUCUGGUACUCAAGACGCGUCAAUGGUUGGAAAAAUGCCUACAAUAUACCGAUCAUUCAACUGUCACACAAAGAUCCGAAAUCGAAUUUAGACUGUAUGCCGCCGCUGCCGAGACGAAGUAUCUGGCCGGUGAACUGACAUUUUUAGGAAUUGUCGUAAAUCAUACCACCGGUACGGCGGAUCAGGUCGAAAUGCUCAUUGACGUCUAUGAUGUGUGUUUUAGACGUUUCAAAAAGAUAAUGAAAUGUGUGCGUUGGAUUGAAAUGCUGCGGAGCGAAGGAAAACAUGAUAACGAUGGCCGAGGUAGUCUUGUCUUUCCAUGACGGAUCAAAAUAAUUGAUUUAUUCAAAUAUAAUAUUGCAAGAUGAUAAAGUGUAAAUUAGUCUAAAGGGUUUUAAUUAUUUUUUAUUAUAUUAUCUAUAAGAAUAAAAUGACCAACAUUAAAUAUUUUAAAUGUUUUUUUAAAAUUAAC